AUGGGACGAUUUCUAAAACAAUAUAGUUUAGAAGAUAAAACACAAGCUGGGAAGAUUAUGUCUGCUGUCGGAAAAGCGUUAAGUAGCUCAGCCCAACAAAGACUUACUUUACUCAGUCCACUUGAUCGUGUUCAUCAAGAAGUCAAAACAUUCAGACAACAGGCAAUCAGUGACACAACAAAUACAGUUAAAAUUAUGGAACAAGGUCGCACAGAAUAUCGAGGUGCUUUGUUAUGGAUGAAAAACGUAAGCGAAGAGUUGGACCCAGAUACAUACAAACAGCUGGAGAAGUUUCGGUGCGUUCAAGCACAGGUUCGUAAAGCAAAAGCAUCAUUCGAUCGCCUAAAAGUGGACAGUAUGCAAAAAGUAGAUCUGUUAGCAGCCAGUCGAUGUAAUAUGCUGAGUCAUGUACUUGUCGGCUAUCAGAAUACUUUGUUGACUUUUCUUGAAAAAACGUCUCAUAUGAUGGUAGCAGUAGCAGAAAGUUUCAGAGGUUACCAAUACUAUGAAUUUUCAAUUCUUCGGCAUUUGAGACCAGAAAGUCGUAAAUUGGCUGGAUAUAAGAGCGAUGAUGAGAAAGACAGCGAUAGGUUAGACAGUGGAUUUAAUCAAGUUGAAUUAAGUGAUCCCGCAAUUAUGAAUUCUGAUGACAAUAACCAUGGAAUACAUCAAACAAAAUUAACAGAUGAAGAAGAAUUUGAUAAAAGAUUAGAUGAAAUUUUCCUAGAAAAUCAUUACAACAAUAACAUUAGUGGUCUGAUUAAUGAAUCUAGUGAGCAAGUCCCUGCUGAUCAUAGAGAUUUGUUCACUGAUCUGUUUCUUAGUGAUGCAAAAGAAGAUAGAUUUGCUGGACACCUUUCUGGAGUGGAUAUUCGUUCUUUCAAUUCGGAAAUAAAGACGGAUUCACUAAUGAUUCGGAAGCUUGUAGGGUCAAAAGAUACAUUCAGGACACCAAUACUUCCUUCACACUUAUUAGAACAGGAAUUCCAAAAUUUAUUCAACCCAGACACUUCUAAUUUAAUUGGUACUCAAUCGAUGAAGUCAUCUUUGGAGUGUACUAACGUGAAUACUUCUGCAUUUAGUAGUAAUAACAACCAAUCCGAACAACAGUUAAAAAAAAGUGAAAACUCUCUGGGUACCAUUUCAAAUUCCCCAAAGUCAUUAUCAUCCCAACAGCCCACAAAUCUAGAUGCUUGGUUAAAUCUGUUUUCUGAUAUUGGACCAAUCGGUAAUCCAGAUACAAUAUCGAAAAAGGCUGGUCAAGUCACGGAUGCCUAG